UUGUUAAGACUGCAUGGCUGUGUGCAGUAGCGCGACUUUAAGCAAACGGUGAACAGCUAAGCGAAACGAAACGCGUUUAAGUGAAAUUAAUUCGUCUUCGAGUGCCAGCGAAGGUUCAAAAUCAUUGGGUAUAUAUACUCCCAUAAUCUAUAACGAUUGGUGCAAGUUGUAAUCACCGAUAAUCAACUAAAAAUCAGCACAAACGGUGCAUCUUUUGGUUGUUAUCAAAUUCUAGUGUUGUUGUGGCGUUAAUAUUUAGAUUUAAACUGUCGUAGUGUUUGCGCAUGCGCGCGUACUAUUUAAUCAGUGCAUUUGGCAGUUUAUUUUCAAAAGCAAAGAGAAAUAAAUAUACAUAGAAACAAGCAAGCAUACGAACAAGCGAACACAUAAGUGCAAUUUUCAACUAAAACUGACUAGAAAUGUGUUAAACAAUUAGAGAAUUAAAGUGCAAUGCUUAUUCCAUUGUGACGACUGCGAAACGCAACAACGUGUCCCAAGCGUCGCAGUAACUUCAUUAAGUGUUUGACCAUUUAAUUAAAAAAAUAUAUAUUCGUAUUUUUAAUUUGACAUCGGUCGGUUUGAAAAAAUGUUGAAAUUCGUCGCGAAAACACAUUUACAAUUAUCCUGUGUCCUUUUGUGUGCGCUCUGUGUACUCAUCGGCAAUGCCGCAGCCAAGCCGACCAUCAACUUUAGCCUGCCACAGAGCUUUCCCUCGUUCGCCUCGUUCACGCAGCAGUACUUCGAGAGUCGCAAUUUGCGUCAGAUGAAAACGUACAGUGGAAAGCGGCUUACGAAUGACUCGUUAAUAAUGAUUUACUAUCAUGACUCUACCAUUGCGGUGACCGAAUUGGGACCCGAGAAGCUGUUGUUGGGUUGCGAACUGAUUGAAAUUUACAAUGAUAGCGACGGCAAAACUUUACUCGAAGGACUUUCCAAAUAUAAUCGGCCGCUGCGCAUAACAUUCGACGAAAUGCUGAAACUAAUGAACCAAUGCGAGCAUGUCGACAAACUGACAUAUGCCUCACGCAAUCGAGGCAAAUCCAUUGAUGUCACUGUAAGCAAUGACAGUUCAGCGACCAAUUUGGCAGCGAAUAUAUUUCCGAAAAGUCCAUUUUCAUUAUUGAGCGGCAUAAUACCGGGCACAAAAUGGUGUGGCACCGGCGACAUUGCGGAAACCUACAGCGAUUUGGGCACUGAGAUGGAUAUGGAUCGAUGCUGUCGACUGCACGAUCUGUGCCCGGUGAAAAUACGUGCUUAUCAAAACAAAUACGAGCUGAUGAACGAUUCCUUGUAUACAAAAUCUCACUGUAUAUGCGACGACAUGCUGUACUCUUGUCUGAAGAGCGCCAACACGCCGGCGGCGCAACUGAUGGGCUCAAUCUACUUUAACCUGGUGCAAGUGCCCUGUUUGGCAGGGAGCAAUGACAAAUAUCGCUUUCGAGCGGCCAAAGAGGGAUUCUAAAUGAGACGACAGACACUGCAAUAUUUUAUUUAUAACAAAUAAAAUCAAAGAAAUGUGCAAAACAGGAAUUAGCCAAACUUUUGUAAAUUAUCUUCUCUUAUUUUUGUACAAAACUUAAUUUGUUGUUAUAUCUAAUUUGCUAUAGCACUUAAGUACCAGCGUGAAGCGAAAAUACAAAUUUCUAUUUAUUUAUACUUUUUCACAAAAAAAAAAAUUAAAGAAAUGGUUAUUUAUUUGUAAAUUAAAAUAAUAUCUAAGCGUUGAUAUAAGUUUACCGAAAUUAUGUUUAGUUUGUGUGAGUUUUCGAUGAGAAGUAACAAUUUUUAUUUUAUACUCUCGCAAUUUAUUUAUUUAAUUUUAUUAAGAUAACACAUAUUCGGCAUCGAUACCAGAGGUUUCAGACAAAGUGACUCGCUAUCGUGUGACUUCUUUAACCUGAUACUGGAAAAAAUAGUUCGAGCCGCAGAGCUAAACAGAGAAGGUACAAUUUUUUAUAAGAGUGUACAGCUACUGGCGUACGCCGAUGAUAUCGAUAUCAUUGGAAACAACUCCGGCGCCGUUAAUUCUGCUUUUUCCCGCCUGGAUAGGGAAGCGAAGCGAUUGGGUCUGGUGGUGAACGAGGACAAGACGAAAUAUCUCCUGCCAUCAAACAAACAGUCAGCGCAUUCGUGUCUUGGCUCCCACGUCACUGUUGACAGUCAUAACUUUGAAGUUGUAGAUAAUUUCGUAUACCUAGGCACCAGUAUCAACACCGAUAAUAAUGUCAGCCUUGAAAUCCAACGCAGAAUCACUCUUGCCAACAGGUGCUACUAUGGACUGAGUAGGCAAUUGAAAAGUAAAGUCCUCUCUCGACGAACAAAAACUAAACUCUACAAGUCCCUCAUCAUUCCCGUCGUACUUUAUGGUGCAGAAGAGUGGACGAUGACAACAUCCGAUGAGACGGCACUAGGAGUUUUGAGAAAAAGGUUUUGAGGAAGAUUUAUGGUCCCUUAAACAUUGGCAACGGCGAAUACCACAGGCGAUGGAACGAUGAGCUAUAUGUGUUACUCGACGACAUAGACAUAGUUCAGCGAAUAAAAAGACAGCAGCUACGCUGGCUAGGUCAUGUUGUUCGAAUGGAUGAAAGUGCUCCAGCUCUGAGAGUGUUCGAUGCAGUACCCGUUUUAUUUUAUUUUAAUUUUUCUUCCCAAUAUUAACAUUUUUUAACUAAUUUCUUUCGUCCAACCUGAAACUUUUACUAAAACACUUGACUUCAAAUAUAAACUUUCGCCCUUGCUGCCAUUGAAAAUAAACACAUUAAGCGCAGUAUUACUUUUAAUUUCGUUUAUUAUCGCUUUAGUUUUUUUUUAUUUUGUUUGUUUAUUGCACAAAUUAGUAUUAAAGAUAAAUAAGUAAAAAUUUCAACUGUCUCAACGCGUGUCUUAUACCAUCAUAAUUUAUACAUGGUAUGCACAUAUAUGUAUAUGUAUGUAUGUAUGUAUGUAAAUAUAAAAUAUAUAUUUUUGUAGAUUAGCUAUAGCUUAGCUAGCUUUGGACUAACUCGGCUAUCACCUUCUACUUCCUUCCUUGAUUAUUAUUUAACGCUUCUUUUUACAUUCACAGUUCAAUAUUAUUUUUAUUUUAUGCGCUUUGUCCUAUAGAUAUGGUCGGACAUUUCAACUUAGUCUGUUAAAGCACUAUAAUUACAUACUUUCGUGGGCGUUAAUAUUAUUGCUGCUGCCACAACGCAAAUACAAAUACAGUUAAGCCUGCCCUCUGAAAAA